AUGUCGAAAUCUUCUGUCGCCGAUUAUGCGCCGAUGGUGUCUUCUGGUUUCAAUAUGAUCGGAAAUAUCGUUGGAAGUAUUUUCGGUCAAAAAGUUCCACCGCCUCAGAUUCCUCCACCACCACCUCCACAGCCACCCAUUAUGGUUCCGGUACCAGGACCUCCAGGACCUGCAGGAGAACCGGUAACAAUUAUUGAAUACAGAACCCAUCCACCACUCCCGCCACCAACUGCUGCUCCGGAGACGUUGACCUACCUUGGUAUCAUAGCUAUUGUCCUAUGCGUUCUCUUCUUGCUUGCAUGCUCCGCUUCUGGCAUCGGAUUCUUCUUCUGGCAAAGUCAAAAAGCUGAAAAAGAAAGAAGAUCCAACGAGAGAACAUCCAGUGAUAGUUAUAUGGAGAGUGGUGGACGUAGACGACGUCGUGGAAGUCGUUCGAGUUAUAGUGGAACGAGUGGAACACGCACUUCCAGAAGCACUCAUGGCCGAACGAGAGGAAGAUGA